GCAGAGCUCCAGAUGUUCAGAGCUCAGUGGAUGUUUGAGCUUGCCCCAGGUGUGAGUUCUAGUGGGUUGGAACCUCUGCCAUGCAGAGCUUCUUCAAGAGGACCUGGAGUAAAGUCUGUAGAUGCCAGAGUGAAACAGGAGAUAGCAAAAGAAGAAAAGGCAAAAGAGCUUUUUCUGAAGGCUGUGGAAGAAGAACAAAAUGGGGCCCUUUACGAAGCCAUCAAGUUUUAUCGUCUGGCCAUGCAGCUGGUACCUGACAUAGAGUUUAAGAUCACCUAUACGCGGUCCCCAGACGGUGAUGGAGUUGGAAAGAGGUGCGUUGAGGAUAACAAAGAGGAUGACCAAAUGGCUGAUCUCCUGUCGGAAUUCCAGCAGCAGUUAGCUCUUCAGGAAUCUUCAGUCAAACUUUGUCAGCCUGAGGUUGAUGUCAGCCAGACCCAUAUCUCAGUGUUGCCUAUGGAAGUGCUCAUGUACAUUUUCCGAUGGGUGGUUUCGAGUGACUUGGACCUAAGAUCAUUAGAGCAAUUAGCUCUUGUUUGUCGAGGAUUUUACAUUUGCGCCAGAGAUCCUGAAAUCUGGCAUCAAGUCUGUCUGAAAAUAUGGGGCAGGAGCUGCAAUAAACUUGUUCCAUAUUCCUCUUGGAGGGAAAUGUUUCUGGAAAGGCCUCGUGUUCGAUUUGAUGGUGUUUAUAUCAGCAAGACAAAAUACAUACGCCAAGGAGAACAAUCUCUUGAUGGUUUCUAUAGAGCGUGGCACCAAGUGGAAUAUUACAGGUAUUUGAGAUUCUUUCCAGAUGGUCAAGUUAUGAUGCUAACAACUCCUGAAGAUCCUCAGUCCAUAGUUCCUCGCUUACGGACUAAAAAUACAAGAACGGAUGCAAUCUUGCUUGGCCAUUAUCGCCUUUCCCAGGAAACGGACAAUCAAACCAAAGUAUUUGCUGUAAUCAUGAAGAAAAAGGAAGAGAAACCAAUUGACUACCACAAAUACAGGUAUUUCCGCCGUGUUCCUGUGCAAGAAACAGAUCACAGCUUUCAUGUAGGACUCCAGUUGUGCUCCAGUGGGCGCCAGAGGUUCAACAAACUUGUCUGGAUACAUCAUUCUUGUCACAUAACUUACAAAUCCACUGGUGAGACAGCUGUCACUACCUUCGACAUUGACAAAAUGUACACCCCUUUGUUCUUUGCACGAGUGAAGAGUUUUACUGCAUUUUCAGAAAAGCCGCUCUAAGAAACACCUUUUCCUCUCACAACUCUUGCAUGAAUAAAAGGUUGUAGCUAAUGAGCACUUAAGUUAUAAAUGUGUAUAUAUUUGGAACGUUUUAAAAUCCUGGGGAAUUUUUUGAAGGCAGUAUGUUCUAUUUGAUUAUGAAUGGCUGGGAUUUUGAGAUCAAGCUUAUGAACAUUAAACACUUUUACUUUGUGACAAGAAUUUGAUAACAAAGUUUUGAAUGAUUGUUUUGUUGAGGUUGUUUUUUUUUUAAAAAAAAACAGAUUUUAUAAAUCAAUCUGCUUGAAAUGUGAGUCUUCAUCUGCCUGGACACUGGUUUGUCCAAAAGAAAUUGUUCUAGGGAAAUCUUGCUGUCCGUGGGACAGCGUGUGUGGUCUCUGGUGAAGGCUUGAAAUGUGAAGAGGAGAAAGUUGUCUUAUAUCUGUUAAACUUGUGUGACUUAAAAGAACUUCAAAUAAAUGUUUUCUUUAAAUUAAGCUUAUUUUGUUUGCCUCUAAGAUCUGGCAUUUUGUCAACAUCAACCUUAAUUAAAAGCAAUCAAGGGCAAGCAAGCGUGAAGUGUAGAAUGUAACGGCGGAGGUCCAUCCCCACCAAUGCAGUGAUGUCAGUUGGCCAUAAAUGGAGUUAGAUCUUGAAAGAAGUUGAGUGGAGCCUGCCUUCUCCAUGUGGUGGGCAUGAAGGGGAGAGGGAUGUGAGUCCUUCUCUUGGACUGUAGGGUGAGUUUGUGAGGUGUGUGGCUCUGCCUGAGAAGUGUCAUAGCGCGAUGGUGAAACACAAGCAGGGCUGACUGGAACACGACUUGUAAUGUGUUACAACCCUUCCUCUAACCUUGCUACAGAUGCUGUAAACCCCUUGAGCAUUUGUUGUACUACGAUCCAUUCUGAGGCUGCUGUAGAUGUUGGGGUGCUGCUGUGUGCUGCUACUCAUGAAGUGUCCCCUGGGGUUUGGUGCAGGUGCUGUACGCUGCUUCUCCCGCAUAUAUCGCUUGGGGGUGUAGUGCAGACACUGUAAUGCUGCUUAUUAUAUAUGUAUCUUGGAUUCCGAAAGGACUGAAGCUUUUUAGUGUAGUUUUUAAAAGCCUUUUUGCAUAAUUUACCUUCGAACAUCUCGUUUCAAAAUACUGACCUGGACUUGAGGACUAAAAUGUGAAAGCUGCGGAAAGAACUAUACUUGUUCCAUAAUUUAUGAAGUGUAUCUUUGCAAGGAGCUACAUGAUUAAAAAUACAUCAAUAAAUCAUGAUUUUGAACAUGAAA